GACAAAAUACUACUCCCAUAGCUUGCUAGGGUUCUAUCCUGGCUAUAACCUCAUAUUAAUUAUAACAAAGUAGAGUAGAGUACACCUAUUAACAAACUCAUAUUUGAUCUAUAUAUUGUAUUUAAUAUUUUAUGUACAGUUUAAGCCAUUAACGAUCAAUUAAAUACUAUAUAAUUCAAUAGUUGUUACUGAAAGUUUCGUUAACACCUAACACACGUUUCUAUUGGUGCAUCAGAUUCUUCAAGUCCUGAAUUUGUCUAUGAUAUAAUUAAGAGUCGAGCCGUUAUAGAUAAUAUCAAAGUCACUCAUGUAUCAACUUUCAUUACCACACAAUAUUUUCGGCCAAAGCGCGUACUAUAUAAAUUCUAAUAAAUACUCUUGCUUUUUUAAAAUUCAAAAUUUGUAAACUCAGACUUUUAUAUUAUCGACUAAUACAUCAAUUGUCCCUGAAUAUGAAAAGGCACCUGCAGUUUAAUUCCAUUAAAAAUAGUAAACGUUCUAGAUUUCCUUAUAAGUUACAAUUAUAAACAAUCCCCCCCUCCAAUAUUAUUCAUACAUUUAAAUCUUUCCUAAAAUAAAAAACAUUUUCUAGAAAAUUAUAUUACAUAGUUUUCCAUGGAAAUCCCUCCAAAGAAACCUCACUUUUUCAAGCCCAUUCUACCAGGUUUCGAGAAUGGCCUUAAAAUUCCUUUAGGUUUCUUGAAGUAUCUUAAAGGACACGAUCAACAUGAACAUGCAAUAUUGACAAGAGGUGGUAAGAAGUGGUUGGUGAAGGCGCACGGGCGACGAUUAGAGGAGGGUAGUUGGAAAGAGUUUGUAGAGGAACAUAAAUUGAAAUUUGGAGAUGUUUUAGUGUUCAAAUAUGAAGGAGAUAUGGAAUUUGAUGUGUCCAUAUUCGAUUCAAGUCAUUAUUGUGACAAAGAGUAUGCAAAGUACGAGGAUGAGGAUGAGGAAGGUGAAGCUACUCAUGACAAGCUUUUAAGUCAAUCAUAUUUUGAAUGCACUAUUAGGCAAUAUUGCCUUUCGAGAGGUUUCUUGUGGAUUCCAAAAGAUUUUGCUAUUGCAAAUGGUUUCAUCAAGGGCAACAAGAAGUAUGGUUUGAUUAUAAUUGAUGAAAGGCAAACAAAGUUGUGGAACUUAAUGCUGAAGUCUUGCAACACUAAAGUUUAUAUUGCGGAUGGAUGGGGAAAAUUCAGUGCUGAUAAUUGCUUAAAAGAAGGAGACCGUAUAUUAUUUGAGAUCAUUAGUAAUAGAGAGACACCAAUAUGGAGAUUUCGAGUUAUUAGUAAUGCAGAAACUCCGAUAAGGAAGUUUCAAGGCAAGUUUCUCACUCUUAUAGUUAACUAGUACUCCCUUCGUCCUAUUUUAUGAGAUGAUAUUACUAUUUGGAGAGUCGAAUAGUUUUUUCUUUGAAUUUCAUCCUGUUUCCAGGCAAGGGUUUAUCUGAUGAAGAAGCUGCUUGUAAGGACAUGGAUCUCAGUGACACUCAUUUCAUUUGUACUAUUAGACCUUAUUGCCUUACAAAGCAUUUUCUGCGUAUUCCACGACAAUUCGCGAUAAAAAACAGACUCAACGGCAGGAAAUGUAAGAUAAUAGUGAAGGACAAGCAACGAUCAUGGACGUUCAAUGUGUAUACAAACGGCCAAAACACCCACAUUGGAAGAGGAUGGCGCGAAUUCUGCAUUACAAAUUGCUCAAAGGAAGGAGAUCGCUUCAUGUUUGAGAUAAUCUCCAACGGAGAAACACCUAUAUUUACAAUUCAUGGCAAGUUUCUCAUCUAAUUUUGUUAUUUAGAGCUUAUAUAUCCCUCGUUACAAAAAUGGUUCACAUAUACCCUUACUGUUACAAAGGUAUAUCUGAGUCAUUUCUGUAAUGAUAGCGAUAGAGUGUAUAUGAGUCGUUUUUAUAACAAGGGGUAUAUCAGCUCUAAAUCGCGAGUAUAUAUCAGACUCUUUUCCCUUCAGCUUAAUGUGAUUUCAGUUAUGAUAUUGUUGUUUAUAAAACUAGAUUUGAGAGGAAGUUCAUCCCUCCAGCCUGAAGUAAAGAAGAAAAAAUCGAAAGCUAAAAGAAAGUUGAAGCCACAAGUAUCUGUUGAUGUCAACUCUCAUUUUAUAUCUACUAUCAAACCCUACACAAUCAACAAUCCUGUUUUGGUAAGAGUGAUUUUGAAACAUAUUUUAGUUUGUAUAAUACAUGUGUUGUAACGCGUAUUGAUAUGUAUAUUCGAGCAGUAUCUUCCCAUGGAUUUUGUAAAAUCAAAUGGCUUGAUGAGGAGACGUAAGAUGAUACUUAUCGAUGAAAAACGAAGAUCAUGGUCAGUGUGGAUAGGAAGAACAGGACAUCACUUUGCAAUCAAAAGGGGAUGGACUCAGUUUAGAAAUGCAAAUGGUAUUCAAGUUGGAGAUACUUAUAAGUUUGAACUCACCAACAAUGUCACAAUACCUAUAGUUCAUUUCCAUUGUAAAUAUUCUGGGAAUUAAGGAUGUAAAGACAUCUCAAGAUGAUAUGAUGCAAUUGGUGAUGUGCAACAAAAUUAGGCAUUAAAACAAGUAAUGUAAUGUUUUUUUUUUUAUCUUAGUACAUUUUGCUAGAUAUACCACAAAUUUUAGGAGUAUUAGUAAAUGGAACAUUGCGCUUAUCGUUCAUUCUCUGUUUCAAUUCGUUUGUUCUUUUCUUUUUUUUUAGUCCACUUCGAUAAGAAUACCUCGCUACUUGUUCGAUAAUUCUUUAAUUUUAAAACUUUUCACAUGUCGACAUGUUUAAGAUCAUAAAAUUAAACGACAUUUUAGUAUAUUCAAUUUAAAUCACAAGAUUUAAUUUUAUUUCUUUUAAAACUAAGUACCAAAUUUAGAGCCUAGUUAAUCCCCUAUAUUGGUUGGUAGUACACAAUAUAGGGGAUGUGUGGGUUUAGCCAAAAUGAACCAAAUGAUAAAUUUUGUCAUUUUUAGGAUAAUU